AGUGGACAUCUGGCUAACUAAAAUCAUGCCAGACCAUGGCUGUUGCUGGUCUAGAGAGUGCCGGACUCCAGAGAUUCAAUCUAUAUAGACAAAGCCUCAGUGGUUGAAAUCUUGACUCCACUGUAAUCAUCCAAUGGAGUUUUGCUAUUGACUUCAGCAGAGGCAGAAUUUCAUCUACAAUGAGAACAGGUAGCCACAUCUGGCCUAUAGUAAUUAGCUGAUGCCUCCAUAGCCCUUUAAAGGGGCAAGCACUCUGUAAAUUGUGAGCAUGUUUACUGUGAACUAUUAAAAGUUCUAUACACUGCAUAUGUGGCUAACUGCAUAUGUGGCUACCCUUUUCAGAACAUGUUGAAGAAUAUCUGUACAAAAAGAUUAAGCAGCUGCCAUUCACGCUUUGCCCCGUGGUAACUAAAAAAGAAGCAUGCUUGUACAUUCCUAAGAACCUUUUCUGAGAUUAUUAACUAGAGUGCAGUGUAGCAUACAGGCCAAAAUAACAGUUUCUGCAGGGGAGACCUACGGACAUUUUCAGGGUACAGAUGGCCAUUUCUUUCUUGGGACUAGUACUGAAUGGUGUCUUCACCAAUGUAAUUUAUUUUCUUAAAGUAGUCAUUCAAAGGGGAGGAUGGUACCAUUUCUGAGAAAAUCAGGAAACCUGUUGUAAGAGAUCCAUUUACUCCUGGAUAUAGAGCAGGGAUGAAUGAUCCCCCACGGAUAUCCACUGACUUUUUCACAUAGUUGGAUAAGCAACCAUCAUGAAGAUUUUAUUUAAAUUACGAAUUCUGCAAUCCUUGUGGAUUCCGCAGUCACCUUCUAGAUUAUUCCACAAAGAUAACAGGUGUCUUGUGUCUCCGAUGGUUUCGCACUAUGAAUCUAUAAAUCGGUGUAAAGAGGAACUGCCAGAUUACUUCAACUUUGCAAGUGACAUCCUAGACAAAUGGUCGCAGCUGGAAAAGGAUGGGAAGAGAUCUGCAAUUGCAGCUUUCUGGUGGAUUAAUGAUAAGGGAGAUGAGGUGAAGUGGAGCUUUGAAGAGCUGGGAUUUCUAUCCAGAAAAGGAGCCAAUGUGCUGUCUGACCCAUGUGGAUUGCAAAAAGGAGACCGAGUUAUAGUGAUUCUACCUCGGAUACCAGAGUGGUGGAUACUGAAUGUGGCUUGUAUGCGAACAGGAAUUGUCUUUAUUCCAGGGACAUCCCAAUUAACAGCCAAAGACAUUUUCUAUAGACUCCAGGCUUCGAAGGCCAAGUGCAUCAUAACCAAUGAUACGCUGGCGCCUACAGUGGAUUCUGUCUCGCCUGAUUGCCAGUUUCUGAAAACCAAGCUAAUCGUUUCUGAAUGCAGCAGGGAUGGGUGGCUGAACUUCAAAGAGCUACUCAAGGUGGCACCUGCUGACCAUAACUGCAUCAAGACAAAGAGUCAAGACCCAAUGCUUAUCUAUUUUACCAGUGGAAGCACAGGACCUCCCAAAAUGGUUGAACAUUCCCACAGCAGUUACGGCCUAGGCUUCACAGUCAGUGGCAGGUACUGGCUGAAUCUGACUCCCUUAGAUAUAUUCUGGAACACGUCGGACACAGGCUGGGUCAAGUCAGCCUGGAGCAGCCUUUUUUCCCCCUGGAGUUGCGGGUCGUGUGUCUUUAUACACUACAUGCCGCAGUUUGAACCAGCAACUGUCGCGAAUACACUGUCAAGAUAUCCCAUAACCACUUUCUGCACAGCACCAACUGCCUACUGCAUGCUUGUGCAGCAUGGCCUUACCAGUUACAAGUUCAUGAGUCUGCGUCACUGUGUGACUGGAGGGGAGCCACUCAAUCCAGAAGUGAUGGAGCAAUGGAAAACCCAAACAGGUCUAGAUAUCUAUGAAGGCUAUGGCCAGACAGAAACAGUCACAAUAUGUGCCAAUGUGAAAGGAAUGAAAAUCAAACCGGGAUCUAUGGGAAAGGCAUCUCCUCCUUAUGAUGUUCAGGUUGUAGAUGAUUGGGGAAAUAUUUUGCCUCGAGGAGAAGAAGGAAACAUCGCCAUCCGAAUCAAACCUACAAGGCCAUUUUGUCUUUUCUCUUGCUACUUAGACAACCCAGAGAAAACUGCCUCCACAGAGCGUGGAAAUUUUUAUAUCACUGGGGACAGAGGCAGAAUGGAUGAAGAAGAACACUUUUGGUUUGUUGGAAGGGCUGACGAUAUCAUUAAUUCUUCAGGAUAUCGUAUUGGACCCUUUGAAGUAGAAAGUGCCUUGAUAGAGCACCCAGCAGUUGCCGAAUCAGCUGUUGUCAGCAGCCCAGAUCCUAUCAGAGGAGAGGUGGUGAAAGCUUUUGUUGUCCUGGCUCCUGCUUUUGUUUUACAUGACCCAGCAAAAUUAGCCCUUGAACUGCAGGAGCAUGUGAAAAAGGUUACUGCUCCCUACAAGUAUCCCAGAAAGGUGGAGUUUGUUCAAGAGCUGCCAAAAACAGUUGCUGGGAAAAUCCAACGGAAGGUAUUAAGGAACAAAGAGUGGGGAAGAACUUAGUGUCACAUGGACAUUCAAGAACAAAUUGUCUUUGACUUCCACCAUCAUAUUUCUCAUGUUUUCGCUUUUCUCUAUUGGUCUGGUCUAAUAUUGUGAACAAAGUACACAACAGCAAACAGCAUGGAUGGGUCAAUGAACUACAAAAAGAAGAGAAGAUACACUUGCUUAUAGGGUACAUAAUUGUUCCUGCCAGGUUUUAAAAUAGGGAUCAUUUAUUUAGGACCAGGAGCCCUCAUUGUUUUAAAAGGCUUUGAAUCAGGGCAUUUAGGAAGAGUGGGUAUGACUGACAAAAGAGAAGGAGGAUUCUAGAAUGCAAAAGGGAGAUAGGAAUCUGUAUGGAAGGACUUGAUGAGAAAAAACUUGCUUUCAAGAUUUCAAAGAAUUUUCCCAUCUCAAAUCAGGACAAAAAGUCAAAAUAUAAAAAUUAUCACAGACAAUCCUAUUGGGGGGUGAGGGGUCUGGGUCAGUGGAAACAUUUUGUUUCAACAUUUUCAG